AAAAACUCAUAUCUGCACUUUAUACAAAAAUAGAAGAAAAAUUUCGUGAAAGAAUUCAAAAACACAGGAAACCGCAGGAACCGUCGACAGAAAUGCAGUUAACUCCAAAUGAGGUUAAUUUCAUAACAUAAAUAAAAAUAAAUUAAUAAAUAAACAAGCAAAAAAAUAAAAUGAAAAAUAAAUAAAAGCAAAAUAAAAUAUGCUGAAUGGUGUCCACAUAGUGUGAUUUAAGCAAGUUGGCACAGAAAUCCUGCACGAACACACCGUAGAUCCUGAUUGAUAGCCAACAACAAUACCUCACAGAAAAAAGAGUUAACCAUAAUACCAGAGUCAGCUGGGCAUGAUUUUUUGCAGGUUUAUUAGGAAUGUAAGACUGAACAAAAGCUUCAUAUUAAAUUUACACUAUUUGAGAAAACUAACAAUACACGCAGUCACUACAAACAAUAAAUAAAAAAAAAAUGGAUAAUAAAACUGACCAAGCCGUCUUUUACACCAUCACAUGCAUGCAAGAUACGACCAACUUCAGAAUCGACAGCUAUUACCGAUCAAGUCUGCAAGUCAACAUACCUAUCAAUUUUAUCAUAUCAGCAAACAUAGUCUUCCUAAACGUACUAGCCAUCUACGCCCUGAUGAAGAAGAAGGACCUCAGAACGCCCGCUAAUUAUUUAUUGGUGAACACCGCAGUAAGUGAUUUCAUUGUGGGUCUCAUUGGACUACCAGCUUUCACAAUAGUGGUCAUCCAAGCCGUGUCUCAAGUCAACAAACAAUGCUGGCUAUAUAUAACUGCAGUUAUUUUGUUGCAUAUAUUUUGCCUGCAGUCUUUCUUCGGUGUAAUUCUAAUUUUAAUUGAUAUUUCUUUGGCUUUGUUUACACCUUACUUUUACAGCAGCAAAAUAACCUCCAAUGUGAACAUUUACGUUUGGGUUUGCGUGACCAUAUUGUUUGUCGUAGCAAUAGGAGUAACAUCGUUCGUUUUAGCGAAAAAAAGUAAUAUUCUAUACGUCAUCGAGGGUAUAAUGUUCCCAUCGCUGCUGGCAAUUUUUACUUGUGCAUACGCGAAAGUUUUCAUCACCGUGAGAAAAGUUAACAGAGCCAUACACACUCAGUAUGGGAAAUUUCGUAAAAAAAAGAAUAUUCGGACAAAGAAGAAAGAAGCAAGAAUGGCCACACUAGCCUUGCUGAUGUUUUUAUCUUUGUGUAUUUGUUAUUUGCCCUACAUCACCGUUGUGUUGAUAUGGGCGAGAAAACUCCAAAUAAACAAAGACAGACUAGAUGCGCUGCAUGUCUGGACGAUAACGUUUGUAGCGUUAAAAUCUAUAGUAAAUCCUCUUUUGUAUUGUUUCACAAUGUCUAAGAUACGCCAUGCUGUAAAAGAACUCCUGAUGAAGAAGAGAAAAAAAAAUCAACCGGACUUAAGUAAGUACUAUAUAUAGUAUAUAUAUUACGGAGAACAUAUAGUAUAUACUAGGUAGAACCUAAAGUACUAUAUAUGUAGUAUUUAUUAUAGUAUGUAUAUAUUGAAAUUUUGUAUAGUAACAGUUUGGUAAUAAAUAUUUAGACGAUAAUAAUUAACGUGUUCUUCAAUGAAC